UUCGUUUGUGGGCACUUGGCGUUCUGCUAAAGUUAGCCGGAAGGAGUAAUUUAUUUGGUGGUUGUUCCCGAUUAAUUGAAAAAGGAAAAACAUUGGACUUUCGACAUAUUUUUACACGAAAACUGUUACAUCGAUAAGUCAUGCCUCUCCACCGUUAUACUCAUGCGGUUUUAUGCAGAAUUCCUCUUUCGCUUCGUACAAGAGGCGAGGUCACAUUAGAUGAAGCUAGAACGCAACAUUUGGCGCUAGCGCAACUUUUGCGGGAACUGGACAUUGAUGUUGUGGAAAUGCCGCCGGAUGAAAAUUCGCCGCUUUGCGUUUUUGUAGAAGACAUUGCAGUUGUUUGUAAUGGCAUCGCGCUAAUAGCUCGACCAAACGAGUCAUCGCGCCUAAAGGAGAUUGAGACAAUUAGAGCUGUUUUAAAGAAGGAGCUGGAGAUUCCACUUAUAGAAAUUGCAGAUAAAAAUGCACGUUUGGAUGGUGGAGAUGUCUUGUUUACGGGCCGUGAAUUUUUUGUUGGACUGUCUCAUUAUACAAAUGAAGCAGGUGCAAGAGCAGUUGCAGCUGCAUUUCCAGAAUAUCCAUGUGUACCUAUCAAGGUGGGUGAUGGUGGUGAAGAGGUGAUAGUGGAAAGUCUUACCUCAGCCCCACUUCAGGUUGCUGAAUCUAAGCGUCUUAAAGCUUUAGUUACAAUGGCUGGCCCAGACAUUAUUUGUGUUGGUGCUGGAAAGGAAUCUCAAGAAGUUUUGAAGAGAAUCGAAAGGGAGGCAACAUACGGCUAUCAAACAUUAACUGUGCCUGAAGAUGCUGCUGCUAAUGUACUUUACGUGAAUGGGACAUUAAUUCAUCGAUCAGAAGAUGAAAUUCCACAAUCGAGUAAAGUUUUUGCAGAAAAAAUCGAGUUUCCGACCAGAUCAUUGCACAUGUCCGAAUUAGCGAAGGUCAGUUCCGGUUUAACUUCUUGUUGCUUAUUGGUACGCAGACCCAGACAUAUUCGCAGUAUUUAAGCCGGAAAUAACAUACCUAGCAAACGUGUUCAAUUGCUAGCGGUUAUUGAUAUGAAUCACAAAAUCAAGAGUUUGAAUAUUUCUAGUGAGAAAUAUAUUACCAAAAUG